GCCGGUUGUGCCAAUCACAUGUUUACUGUCAAGUUGUCGCGUCCCGUCGCUUGUAGGAUCGUUGCUGGUCAGCGCGCGGCUGUGGAGGCGAGACGUCCCGAACCAGAAGACCCUGCACCGAAGAAUGUGGAUAAACCUGUUGUAAGACAGCACAAACUUUAGUCCCAGAGUCAAAGGAUGGAAGUGCAAGACCAAGAGUCUCUGGCGAGAUGGGAUGGACUGGGGAGCCGCGAUGCCAGCUCCAGAAAUGAGGCCAUGGAGAACAUCUGCCAGGAGGUCAUGAGGAGAGUGGAGGCUAUCGGGCCCAUACCGGCGCCGGCCCCCUCGCCCCCGGCCUCAGUAAGCCCCCCGAACAGUGAUCUGAAUGACAUCCUCGCUCAUCUGCUCAUGCUCGCCAGCCGGUGUCCCUUUGAAGAUGUCAAGGAGCGAUCCAUCCGGCUUCUGCAGGCGGUCCAGGACUUGGGAGUAAGGAUCCCGAGACCCUUGGGUAACGGACCAAGCAGAUUUAUCCCUGAAAAAGAGAUUCUUCAAGUCAGUAAAGUGGACGCCAGAACACAGUCGAUAUUUGAGGAUGCGUUCGCAGCCCUCCGGCGCCUGGACAACAUUUCCCUGGUGAUGGGCUUCCACCCGCAGUACCUGGAGAGUUUCCUCCGGACACAGCACUACCUGCUGCAGAUGGACGGACCCCUAUCUUUGCACUACCGACACUACAUCGGGAUCAUGGCGGCAGCUAGACACCAGUGUUCCUACCUGGUCAACCUGCAUGUGAACGACUUCCUCCAGGUCGGGGGGGAUCUGAAGUGGCUGAACGGCCUGGACGAAGCGCCGCAGAAACUGCAGCAGCUCGGGGAGCUCAACAAAAUCCUGGCCCACCGACCCUGGCUCCUCACUAAGGAACACAUCGAGCGCCUUCUGAAGGCCGAGGAGCACAGCUGGUCCCUCGCCGAGCUCAUCCACGCCGUGGUCCUCCUCACACACUACCACUCCCUCGCCUCGUUCACGUUCGGCUGCGGCAUCAUGCCCGAGAUCCACUGCGACGGCGGACACACCUUCAGACCCCCCUCCCUCAGCCAGUAUUGCGUGUGUGACAUUGCCAACGGCAACGGUCAUGCUAAUCACCACGACGACCUGUUCGGAAACCAGGAGGUGUGUGGUGAGGUGGAGGUGCUGAUGGAGCGCAUGAAGCAGCUGCAGGAGUGCCGCGACGACGAGGAGGCCAGCCAGGAGGAAAUGGCGACUCGCUUCGAAAGGGAGAAGACGGAGAGCAUGCUGGUGGUCACGGCGGAGGACGAGGAGGGCGUCCCCUCGAGGGACAUCUCCCGACACUUUGAGGACCCCAGUUAUGGCUACAAGGACUUCUCCAGGAGGGGGGAGCACGUGCCCACGUUAAGAGUCCAGGAUUACAGCUGGGAGGAUCACGGCUUCUCUCUGGUCAACCGCCUGUAUCCCGAUGUCGGUCAGAUGCUGGAUGAGAAGUUCCAGAUGGCCUACAACCUGACCUACAACACCAUGGCAACGCACAAGGAUGUGGACACCAGCAUGCUGCGCAGGGCUAUCUGGAACUACAUUCACUGCAUGUUUGGCAUCAGGUAUGACGACUAUGAUUACGGAGAGAUAAACCAGCUCCUGGACCGUAGCUUUAAGAUCUAUAUCAAGACCAUGGUGUGUAGUCCUGAGAAGACCACCAAACGAAUGUAUGAGAGUUUCUGGAGGCAGUUUCAGCACUCCGAGAAGGUCCAUGUUAAUCUGCUUCUUAUGGAAGCGCGAAUGCAAGCAGAACUGUUAUACGCUCUGAGAGCGAUCACCCGCUACAUGACAUGAAGUGCUUUUUGGUGUUUUUAUCGUUGUCUUUUUACUGUCGUCGUCGUUGCUCGUUAUGGGACACAUCAAGAAGAAGAAAAAGAAAGUAAAUCAAAGGGGGUAGAGUUAAAAAAAAAAUAUGGAAGAGAGACCUGGGUUGUGACGGUGCUUGUUGGAUGGAUGUAGAGAAGAGGAUCAGAACAAAUGGGAAGCAAGAAGAAAAGGAAGAGAGAAAUAAAGAAACUGCUGAAGAAAGGUCAUCUCAAACUACAAGUGGAGUCACAAACUCUCAAGUUUGUGUUGCCUGCAGUGCCAAAUGUGACCGAGAGAGGUCAGCCUGGAGCAAACUCCUGCUCAGCUGGGGAGUUUGUGCCGGGCUGGUGCACUGACACCGGAGGGCAUCCAUGACGACUUCUCAGUAUUCCAGCAUUGCAACAGCAUUGGUUUCCAAUGUCCUCUGUCUGCUGGUAGAGUGAAGACCCUUAGAAAACCCCCCCCCCCCCCCCCGCCCCAGAAAGCUGUGCAGCCUCAGACGUCUGCACUUUGAACCGGUUGUCACCAUUUAUGUCUGUUUAGUUUCUUGACUUAUCUUUUUUUAAAUUUUAUUUUGUAUUAGGAGAAGUGGAUGUUGUGUCGAUGUGGUUGCUGUUAGUGGAGAUGGAAUCAUUAACUUUGGACGAUUGUGUUUUUUGUUGUUGUUGUUGUUUUUUUUUUACGUGUGCCUGAACUAUCCAGCACAGUGUGCAUACGUGCUGAUGCUGCUGCUCCCGUGUUGUAUUCAGUGGGGUCAUAUUGAUCCCCAAAUCAUACCCCCCACCCUAUUAUAUCCCCUAUCCAUUGGAAAUCAACUGCAUUACCCCCUCCUUUCCCUUACCCCCAAAUCUCAAAUGUCAAUGUAAGCUAAUCUAAGGAUUGUGUGAAACCCACAGAGGUGUGUGUGGAGAGGAACUCAAAAAACACUGAGCCCUUUUUGAGUUUGACUGUACACGUGUGGAUGAGUUCUGUGUUUUUCGUGAUGAAGGUGUGGAUGUUGUGUGCGUGCGCGUUUCACACAAGUGACGGAGAAAGAAAAAAAAAAAGUGCGUCUUUGAAUUUCAUGUCAAAAAAAAGAAAAACGACAAGAAAAAUUAAGCGAGGCACUUUGAAGGAAAGUCUUCUUGCUUCUGCUGUAGCUCUGUUAUUGUGAGAUAACUGUUUAUCAUUUGUUGAUGAUGAUGAUGUCUUUAUUUUUCUGGUAAUGGGAAAAGGAGAAGAAAAAAAAAAAGAAAGUUAGAAGCCAGGUUUUCCAGGAGGGGAUUUGCUUCCGGUUGCCCUAACCACACCUUAUCUGUCUUCCGCUUAUCCCAGCUGCCUGGUGGCCCCUAACACUUUCGAAGCUUUUGGAUUGUGAAUUUUACCAGUGAAUGAAUACCUCUUCUUUUUUUUUUCACUAUGAAACAUGAGAAGUGCUCUUUGUUGAGCAGAGACUCUUUUCCGGGCCGCUGUGUUCCCCAUUGCUCGGGGACUCGGCUCGCCCACAUAAGGCCGACUGCGGUCGAUAGCUGUCGAACGCAUGAGGUUGUAGCUGUGCUUAUUUCCCUGCUGGGGGAAAUCUAACAAGUGCAAAAGCAGCUUUUUUUUGUUUUAUUUUUUUUUGAACAGAGGCGUAAAAACCUCUACUGUUUUGUUUUUGUUUACUAAAACCAGUAAAGUACUGCAUUCUCCUGAGGUUGUGUUGAGAGAAUCAGACAGAUGAAUGAGUGAUAUCUAGAUGAUGAGGAGGAGGAGGUGAUGAUGAUGAUAAAAGAAUGGUACAUUUGGAAGUGGUUUGAGAGGAGGUGGAGGUUUUUUUCAGACUUCUGACCGAUGUCAGUUACUGACACUUUUUUAUAUGAAACUAUAUGAAAAAGAUGGAAAAAAAAGAAUAAAAGUAUGAUAUUGAA